GCACCUAACUUAGUGUUUUUGGCUCGGUGUUCCGAUCUCCAACCAACAUUCUCCAACUCAAUGAAUAUGAUAGCCGAGAAGCCGCACCAGUGCGCGUUCUGCGACAGACGGUUUCGCAAACGGGAGCAUCUUCAGCGGCAUACUCGUACGCACACCAAAGAAAAACCGUACACGUGUCAAUGCGGAUCUUCUUUCGCCAGGCGAGACUUGCUGCAUCGCCAUGAACGGCUGGCCCAUUCGGAUCCUGUCAAUACGCGCACGGAGAGCAAUCGGACCCCAAACUUAGCCAAUCACUGUGAGGCAAGCUCGGCUGAGUCAAGGCGAUCUCCAAAUACAAGGCCACAAACAUACAUAGAUGCAGUCGAGUUGACUGUGGGAACAGUGGAGGAGCAGACAGAACAGGAUCUUGUUGACUCGGCUGCUCAUCGCACCCUACCCUUGCCUCCAGAAUAUCACUAUAUUGCUUCGUCCUUCCUGGAUGCGCCGACUGAGGAGGACGUUUUGUCUCAGUACAAUGACUUCUUUCUUGGCAGUGGCCUCCGAAAAAUUGCUGAAGGUCUUCGCAUGGCGGCCAUUGAAUGUGACGAUGUUGACGAGAACUUGGACCCGAAUAUGAUAACCACCACACUCUAUCCUGAUCAUCCGUUGACCUCACCAGCAGCUGCCAUAUUACGCGAACCAACGACGCCCUCAUUGAAUGUUCUAACCAGUACGAACGCUCCAGGCAGUCUCUGGGAAGAGUACUUGGCCAAAAAUACCAAUUUUGUACCGCCAUCUACCCAGACAUGUCGUCGAUACUUCACAGCAUACCACAAGAAUGGUAGAGUACCCCUGGUUCAUCCGAGCAUCAAACCUGAAAACCUUUCUUUUGCUUUGCGCACCGCAAUGCUUGCGCUAGGAGCACUAUAUCUGUUCGACGACUGCAAAGCGAAGUUGCUUUUUGAGGCUAGCAAGAGUGUUGCUCUUGAUAUCUGGCUCAACCAGCCACUGGAUACUCGUGCGCCGCACUUCAAUGCGUUUUCGCAACUGGGCAGUGCUUUCAUUCUGCUUGCGGAGUUUGUCAAAAUCGAGCAACCUCUUGAUCUUGCAGAGAAGCUUUACGUUUUUCAGAGCAGCCUCCAGUUCUGCCUCAGAGCGGGUACUGGCCACAACGAUGACGCACCUUCAGUCGCUGCUGAGAUGGCUCGACGUACUUCCAGCUUUGGAUACUGUACUUUGGUGAGCCAAAGCCUACUUUUAGGGUUUCCCGUCAUAUCUUUACCUGACGAUAGUUGUCAUCUGAGGCUCCCUUGUCCGCAAACGCUGUGGGAAAGGGCGGAUGAAAGUCCCGAACAACUCGACUCGACGCAUCCUGGUGAUUUUGCUAUUUCUUACUUUAGUAAUUUUCGUCAGCAAACUGGUGCUGAAGAGGUCAUUCCGAAUCCUGCGCCCGAGAAAAUAUUGCUCAUGACCGCGAUCGCUACCCACCGCGUACAGCUAGCGAGAGAAGCGUCACGGCUUACGAAGUCUGAUGAUAUUUUGUGCUCGGAGUACAUACAAUUCGCCCGAGUUGCAAGUCUUCUCUCGAAAAUGGUACACACAACUCAGGAAAUUGCAGAUGGCAGCGUUAGCUGUAAUCUGCUACAAGAUCUUGAGAGCCUUGUCCAUAUCGAGAACAUGCGUAUGUGCUUGUCGACAAGUGGAAGUAGCGUGGGACUAUUCAACACAAAGGACCCGGUCCAGCUUGCAGAGACACUGCAAGACUAUUCGCUGGGAUCUACAGUACCGAUGGACUCGGUUCUACCCAUUGUAGAUGUGUCGAUCGGUAUGCUCGAGUCUCCAGCAAAUACUGGCUUUGCCUUCUUCGUCCGCCUAGAAGCUUCCAGAUGGGCUCUCGAGACAGUGCUCUCGGUUUUUGAAUCUGCUCUCUUUCUCAGCCAAUGGGUCUUACAAAUUUCAGGGGAGGAGUCACUCUGUGAAGCAAGUCGUACACUAUUUGAGCGGGUUCAAAGUGCAAUAGCCAUGGCGUGGUCCUCUUUAGACGACGUGGGCGACGUAAUGACCAGGGGCAACUCUAAGUCACUCGCUUGGUCAAUCCUAACUUUCUGGGGGCGUGUGCUUGAAGCACUGGAGACCAAACCUUUCGCUAGACUAUUAGGGAGGACUCUUGCAGUUCGCUCUCAAUCACUGAUAGAUUUAGUGACAAGAUGAAUAUCAUACUGCUGUGCAAAUAAGCACAGUGGAUCCCAU